AUGACCGAGCUCACCACCGAGCAGGUCCACCACCGCGACCACACCCACCGCGUCUUCUUCGGCGACUCGACCGGCUGCCUCCGCGUCGCACAGGCACCUUCCUAUCCGCUCCCGCCAAACUACGCUGGCCCUCCAAUCAGGACCGUCAUCCUCCCCGGCUUCCGCUCCCACUCCGACUAUGCCGUGCACAAGAUGGCCGCCGGCAAUCUGGGCGCAACCACCUGGAUCGUCGCCAUGGCUAGGAAGAGCGGCACCAUCGACCUCGUCCACGUCGCCGAGCCCGCCGCCUCUACCAGCUCAGCCGCACCCACCGAGCUCCAGGCCACCGUCCUCGCCACCAUCACCGAGGAACGCAUGAGGGUCGGCAUCGAGCGCUGGGUCGGCCUCGCCGUCGCUCACAACGGCAUCUACUCGUGCACCUCGGCGGGCUCCUUCCGCUUCACCCCGGUCGACCUCGGCGCGAGCGACGACAUCCUGGGCCAGCCCAAGCUGCUCAACUUCUCCGGCCCGCUGCAGCACUGCUGCUUCUUCCCCGCCUACAACCCCACGCACUUUAGCUUUGCCGGCGAAGAGAUCCCGCCUUCGCUCUGGGACGCGUCGCUCGCGCUCACCGAGCAGCCCCAGAGCAUGGCCGGCGACGACUCGCUCGACGGCAUCGCCGCCGACUCGGCAUCGCAGGCGGCCAACAUGAAUGCCAAACUGCGCAAGCGAAAGAGGCAGGCAGAGGCGCGCGCAAAGGCAAAGGAGUACGCCUGGGGCGAGGUGUGGCGCGCAAAGAACCUGCCCAACGACUACCUCUCGCUUCCGCAGCGCGCCAACGUCGCCCAGAUCGCCAUCGUCGACAUGGACACCGAGUCGCACCGCGACGCCGCUGCAUCCGACGACGCCGCGGCGGCGGGGGCGGAGUCGGUGCCUCCCCGGACGACGAUCGUCGUCGGGACAAAGGACGGCCUGAUACGUGUGUUUGAGCCCGCCGUCGGCGGCAGGAAGCACACGCGGGAGCACCGGAUCGUCCAGGCGGGCCAGGGCGCCAUCAAGACGAUGAGCGUCGGCCAGAGCCCGGGCGAGCUGUUUGUGGCGGACUCGACGGGCAAGCUCUUUUCCGUCGACUGGAGGAACGGCCAGAUCCAGUACCAGUACAGGGACAUCACGGGAGCGAUCAACUCGCUUCAGCCUCUGCCUGCACCCACCUCGGCCGACAGUGGCGAGCCGAUCGGCCACCCGUUGCUGAUCUCGUCGUCGCAGGACAAGCUGGUGCGGCUGCACACGACCGAACCGCCACCGGCGCAGCCGCUGCGGGGCAAGCCGAGCGAGGCGGGCAAGUCAAAGGUGCGCGGCGAGACGCUGUGGACUUGCUUCACGGCCUCGAACGCCAAUUCGCCCGCGUACCUCAUCACUGCGGUCGUGUGGGACGGCAAGGUGCCCACCUCGCAGGUGGUCCCGCGGCCGUCUCGGGCCAACAAGAGCGGGAGGAGGACGAGGAGGAGGGAGGGGUACGGCUUCGACGGUGUCGAGGGUAGUGGCGAUGAGGAGGAUGAGAGUGGCGACGAGAGUGCGCGAGAGGGAGAGGACGAGGAGGACGAGGUGUGGAGCAAGAUGAAGGAGGUCGGCGGUAAAUCCGGCGGUGUCGAGGUGCAGGCUGGAGGGCGCGACGACGAGGACGACGAGGUAGAGGGCGACGGCGACGGCGAGGAAAAGCGGAAAAGGACGAGGCAGCAGUGA